AUGGAUGUGGAUCGCGCUCUCGACGAAAUAGUGUCUGAACGCCAUAGAGGUGGACGACCUCGAGGACGCCGUGGUGGCCGCAGAAAUGAUCGGAAUGACUAUCCUCGUGACGGCAUAAGAAAGUCGACUCGAGAAGACAAUAGAAACAUAGACUCUGAGUGGGUUCACGAUAAGUUUGAUGACAAUUCCAGUCAACGACCCAUGCGCAAUGAUAGACGUUACUCUCCGGAGCGAUCCUACGACGCUCCCAGUGCCAAGCUCCGUGUCGAGAAUCUACACUACGAGUUGACGGAGGAGGAUUUGGAUGAUCUAUUCAAUCGAAUUGGCCCAGUUAUCAAGCUCGAGCUUCUGUACGACCGCUCCGGCCGCUCAGAUGGCGUCGCCUACAUUACCUACGAAUCCCAUUACGACGCCAAGAAGGCGAUUCGGGAGUUUGAUGGUGCAAAUGCAAAGGGACAACCAAUACGCCUAACGGCCGUCCCAACAGGUCCCACGGGAGGAGGCCGUCGUAAUCCCUUCGAUUCCGUCGUUGCGCCAGGCCGUCCAUUGGAAGACCGCAUCUCAAUCCCCAAAGGCCGCAACCGUUCCGAUUCGCCAAUCCGCCAUUCAGACGUCAGGGGCCCACCACCCACCAAUGUCGACCGCUACGUACCAGGCCAAGGCAGCCGCUCACGCAGUCCUGCACCCCGCCGAAGAGAUGGCCGACGUCCUGGUGCGCGACGAGAGCGUGUGGAGAGACGAGGAGGCCGUGGUGGUCGGGGAGGAGAGAAUCUCGCGAGGGAUGGUAGACCAAAGAAGACGCAAGAGGAGCUUGAUGCUGAGAUGGAGGAUUAUUGGGGUGGGAAAGAGAACGGGGCUAGUGCAGAUGCUCCUGUUGAACCUUCCGCGCCUACUGUAGACGAUGUUGAGAUGGUUGAGUAA